GCGUGGGGUGGGAGGAGGCGCCCCGUGGGCGCCGGCUGCGAGCACGAGGUGCAGCCCGGGUGCUGACGCCCUGCCCUUCGCCCCCAGGUCGGCCUCCGCCAGCUGGACAUGUCCCUGCUCUGCCAGCUCUACAGCCUGCACGAGUCCAUCCAGGAGUACAAGGGCGCGUGCCAGGCCGCCAGCCCCGGCGGCACCUACACCUCAGAGAAUGGCUUCUUCGACGAGGAGGAGGAGUAUUUCCCGGAGCAGAACUCCCUCCACGACGGCAGGGACAGAGGUCCUCCGCGGGACUUGGCCCCGUCCUCACUCUCCAGCAGCGACUGGAUUCUGGAGUCCAUCUAGAGGCCUCAGGACCCUGUCGGGGACCCCUUCCUCCCGGACGUGCCGUCCGCCCUCUACUGUGGGCCAUCCUCGGGCACCUGGAAUGGCCGCCACCCUAGACUUGUAGCCAAGGGUCCCCAGAUGCCUGGAGCGUGGUCUGCCUCGAGGGCGUUUCUGCUUAGGUGACCUAGAGUGCUUGGCAACACCCUGGACCCCCUGAGGUCGAGACACUCCUGCUGGCGACUCAGGAGAGUGGAGGGGGGGUCCCCGGAGGAGCCUGGUGGCCGUCUCCUGAGAGGGGGUCUAGCUAGUUCCUUCCUGUGGACACGGACUCUCCUGGCUGCAGCGCUGCUGCUCAGCUUGCCACGUAUUAAAGCCACGGUCUCCCGGUGGCCCUCCCUCAGAGUGGUCUGCCGCUUUUCUUGCUCUCCUUGGCCUUUAAGCCUCACGAUUCUUCUUUAUUUAUUUGUGAGCCAAGUUGCCAACUGCCAGGGGUCGGCCCUAGCGCUUCCCGCAGGAGAGUAGGGCUUCCUGGUCUCUCCUGCCCCCUGCUGGCUCUCGGCCUACCCGCGGAGCGUGCCAUCCUUUGCCCAUCGGGGAGGGGGCAAGAAGACCACACGGAGAUGGGCUGAGUGGGAAAACGCCCUGCGCUGAGACGGCACAUUCUGAACGCGGACGAGUGCUAGGAAGCAGGGCCCUCUCCGCCCCAGCCGGGAUCGCCAUAAGCCUUAAUAUAUUCACUAAAAUACUCUGGGAACGUCACACCUCGUUCGUAAAGAUGAGAAUAAAAAGCUAACCUGUC